AAUCCGCGACCAGAAAGGUAUAGCUAUUGCUAGUAUGUAUUUAGGAAAUGUUUACAAAAGAUUAAAAGACUAUGAAAAAGCUAUUAGCUGUUUGAAAGAAAGCUUAGAAAUUAGCACGACCAUUGGCGAUACGUAUUUAAUGGCAGAAAGCAAUCGCCAGUUAGCUAAUACUUAUUAUUCUUUAGGAAAGUGGGAAAUCGCAAUUAACCAUUGGAAAAAAACAUUAGAAUUAGGAACAGCAAUUGACAAUCAAGAAAUAAUAGCAAAGACAAAUUGCAGUUUAAGCUACUCUUACUUUCAGCUAGGAAGAAACGACGAGGCACUUUUUCGUCUCGAAGAAGCGUUAAGACUUAUGACCGCUAUUGGCGACCAGAAAGGGAUAGCUGGUGCUAAUAUGAGUUUGGGCAGAUUUUAUCAAAGAACGAAAGACUAUGAAAAGGCAAUUAGCUUUUUGAAAGUCAGCUUAGAAAUUAGCACUUCUAUUAGUGAUCAGUCCUCAAUGGCAGAACAGAAUAGAAAUCUUGGUGAUCUUUAUGGUUGUAUAGAAAAGUGGGAAAGCGCAAUUGACUAUUAUAAGAAAACAUUAGAAUUGGGAAAAGUAAUGGACGAUCCAGGCGAAACAGCAAAUGUCAAAUGGAAAUUAGGCAUUUGUUACUUUGAACUAAAAAGAAAUGAAGAAGCACUUCAAUGUUUCGAAAAAGCAUUAAGAAUUUUCACCGCCAUUGGCCACCAGAAAGGAAUAGCUGAGAGUAAUAGCCGUUUAGGUCACAUCUAUUCUUUAUUCAGUGAAUAUGAAAAGGCAUUUGCUUACUUAAAACACGCUUUAAAGAUAUAUAAUGCUAUUGAUGACAAAAAUGGAAUUAAAUAUGUCAGUAACGAAUUGGGCCGUGUUCACUGCUCUUUAGGUGAAUACAGCAAAGCCAUCGAAUGGCACAGAAAAUCUUUAGAGAUAGCAAAGACGGUCUGUGACCAAGCAGGUAUCGUAGAAGCCAAUUGUGAUUUGUCUUUGAUUUACCAAAGAAUAGGAGAGAAUGAGAAGGCCAGUAGCUAUAUAAAAGAAGGCUCUAAAAUCGCCAAGGCUAUGGGUAAUCAGACAUUAAUUGCAAAAAUCCAUUUCUAUUCAGGUAAUAUUUCUUUUAAAUCCAAAAAUUGGAAAAAUGCAAUUGACGAGUAUAAGAAAGCAUCCGAAAUUUUCAUAGCAGAGGGCGAUCAAACUGCCAUAAUCACGAUCUAUGGCAACUUGGGAACUUGUUACCGUGAACUAGGAAUGUAUGAAAACGCUUUGAAUUAUCACAAAGAGAGUUUAGAAUUAGCCAAAACGACUGGAAUGCAAUCAGGGAUAGCAGAAGCCAACAGAGAUAUGGGCGUCAUAUAUAGACUGAAGGGUGAUAAUGAAAAAGCCAUUGAACAUGGUACAAAAAGUUUAGAAGUAAGCACUAAUAUCGGUGAGCCGUUUAUGAUGAUACGCAGUUAUGAAGAACUUGCAAAUGUUUAUAAGAGUUUAGGAGAAUACGAAGUUGCAUCAUCAUAUUUAGUAAAACUUAUUAAAGUUCUUGAAGAGCAGUUCCAAAAUACGGUUCCAGAUGAGAACAAACUCUCCUUCACAAUUUUUUUCUGCAGAGCCCAUGGAGAGUUAAUGAGUUGUUUAGUUUCUCUGGGGCGCAUAGAAUCGGGAUUAUUAGUGACUGAUCUGGGAAGGGCAAAAGAGCUCCAUUUUUCUAUUGAAAGAAAACAAAAUUAUUUCGAUGCACAAUUGUCUCAUUACGCACAAUCAAUAUGGAGCAAAAUUGAGAAAAGGGAAGAAAAUCGAGAAAUAGAGCGAAUACAGAACAUCCUUCAGGUAAAAAAUGAUGAAAUUUCAAUAGUGUUAUUUGCGUUUGAUUUCAAUGAAGGGUCUCUGAAAGUUUGGGUUUUGAGUAGUGAUGUCACCUUCAAGUGCUUGAUGCCAGAUGCAGCAGUGGAUAUAUUGUUGCCCCUGUUGAUUGGGCUUUUCACAAUGACAAGUGUCAAUGUUAAUCGAGAUUCUUCAUUUUUUAAACUUGAUUCACUUGCGAAUGAACGUAGUUUUGAAAGUCACAUGAUCUCACCGCCAACCAAGCCAUGUAAAGCAAAAAAGCUUGAAGGCUUGCACGAAAAACAUUCCAGCGCCGAUAAUUCUAGCGAUAAAAGUAUUUUAAGAAAACUGUUCGAUUUUCUCAUUCAACCGAUAAGAGAUGCCGUCAAAGGAAAUAAGCUCAUUGUUGUUCCUCACGGGCCACUGUUUUUUGUACCAUUUUCGUCCCUGAUUGAUGAAAAUGGGAGAUAUUUAUCUCAAAGUUACAGCAUUCAAGUAACGCCCUCAUUACACACUCUGACGUUAACCAAAGAACAUCCCGAUAAUUCUGACCUCGGUUUUGCGUUGUUUGUUGGUAAUCCAAAAGUUGGGAAAGUUUCUUUGUAUGGCACAGAUUUUACACCCACUGAUCUACCUAAAGCAGCUGAGGAAGUUGCAAGUCUUUCAAAGCUCUUCACAGCAAGGCCUUUCGUAAAAGUUGAAGCGAAAAAACAGGUUAUUCUCGGACUUUUAAGCGGUGCAAGUAUAAUUCACAUUGCUGCUCAUAGUGAACCAAAGAGGGGGGAAAUAAUGCUUGCUCCCGACCUUUCUUUAAAUGAACCAUCUUCUUCUCUUCCUAAUCCAGAUUCAAAUCUCCUCUCACAGAACGAUAUUACAAGUAUUUCAUUGCAAGCUCGCUUGGUCGUCCUAAGCUGUUCUAACACAGGCAAAGGUGAGAUUUCUCCAGAAGGUGUGAUAGGUAUAGCUCGGUCUUUUCUUGCUGCUGGAGCUCGCUCUGUUCUCGCCAAACUCUGGGACAUUAGUGAUGAUGCAACAAAAGAGUUUAUGGAAGCAUUGUACGGGGAACUGCUUCAGGAAACACCAGUUUGUGAAGCUUUAAGAAGGGUAAUGAACCUCUUUCAGCAACACGAGAGAGAAGAUUACCGCUCCUAUUUAAUUUGGGCUCCAUUUACUCUCUUUGGACAUGAUGUGAUGUUUACAAAAGGCGACAUUAAAACAAUCAGAGAAAAAUCCAUUGAAAUUCUGCCCGAAUGUGGUUUUGCGUUGUUUGUUGGCAAUCCAACGUCAGACUUGCCUAAAGCUACAGAGGAAGUUCAUUCUUUUUCAAAGCUUUUCAAAGCAAAGGCCUUCGUGGAGGGCGAAGCCAGGAAACAGGUUUUGCUGGGACUUUUGAGCGGGGCUAGUAUUAUCCAUAUUUCUGCACAUAUUGAACCUAAGCAAUGUGCAAUAAUGCUUUCUCCACGUGUCUCCUCGAAUCAAAGUUCUUUGACUCUUGCUGAGCAGAAUGACAUUUUGACGCACCAGGAUGUUCAGGGUUUUUCUCUGAAAGGUGGCUUGGUUGUUUUAUGCCUGUGUCAUUCUCAGCAAGACGAAAUAUCUCCAGAAGGUGUUGAAGUUUUAGCUCUGUCUUUUCUUGCAGCCGGAGCUCGCUCUGUUCUUACCACACUAAGGCACAGUGAUGAUGAUGCAACAACUGAGUUUAUAAAAGCAUUUUAUAAUCACUUGCUGCAUGAAUCAUCAGUCAGGGAGGCGCUAGAGAAGACAAAGGAACUCUUUGAAAAGCACGAUAAAGAGGCGUACCGAUCAUUUGUAAGCCGGGCUCCGUUUAAAAUCUACGGAGAAGAUGUGAUGUUUCAAAAACAUGAUAUCGAAACGAUAAGAGAGAAAUCUAACAAAAUGUUUUCUGGUUUUGUUAUAUUACCAUCUGAUGAGCUUACUGGUUCGUUUGAAAAUCUUAACCUGCAAGAUAAACCAUAGUAUAGGUAAUCGCUGUCUAUUCUGUAGUUCAUGUUUAGGAAGGUUAUUAAUCUUACAGGUUCUGGUCAAUAUAAAUAAUUAUUUGUAAGUUUUUUAUUCUUUAGUCCUCGCUAAUACAGAAUGGGAGAGUAGACUAGCUGUAAAAUUUUGAAUUACAUAUUUUACUCAAUCAUGUAAUCAUGUACUUAGAUUUGUGUGAAAUUCAAGAUGUGCAUUGCUAACGUAUCCAAAUAGUUCAUAUAAUAUAAUUACCUCAACCGCAGGAUAUGUAAACAUCUGUGUUUUAUCUUUUUGUGUGUGUAUUGAGUGUAAAUAAAUAAAUACUAAGUGUAUUUAUGCCAAAUUUUGUGAGCGAAUUUCAUAUCGGCCGAUUAAAAAUUGAUUAAAAUUUCGUUGAAUUUCGUUAAAAGUUCAAACAAAUUAAAUUUCGAAGAUUAUGUAGACAAAGUAACUUUCUAGGGCUCUCCAUAUGCCCUAGUACAAACAGAAGUAGCUACUAAAUUUAUGUGAAAUUUCUUCUGACCACAAUUAACAGCUAUUUUCCAGAGAUUGGUGUGUGUUAGAGAACAAUUAAGCGAUUAAUUCUAUGGCAUGGGGAUCACCACGCAAAUAUCUUUCUGGUUUCUGGUGUAAGUAUAUAAUUCAACAUUCAACUUAGAUUUAGUUUAGUAAACCUGCCUGAAUGCAGGUGCAUAGGCACCAUAGGCACCAUUUCUUGUUGCAUCAUCACAUAAGUCAUAGCUGAUAAACCAAUUCAUCAAUUGGAAAUUCGAAGAGGCUGCCAAGCUUCAUGCUACUCCAUGUGGAUCAUGUAAAUGCAAUUCGAUGCAUUUUUCAAAAAUGCCUUUUUCAACAUUCAAAGAUAGACGUACUUGUUUCGUGCGUGAAAUUUUUCCCUCAGUUUCUGCUCAAUA